AUGGAUGUUCAUCAUAUAACUACUUCGCCAAAGAUUCUCUUCAGCAAGGUACGCAAGAUUGUGCCGCCUAUGCUGGAGAAAUUCCACAAAGGCCAGCAUGGACGGGUUGCCGUUAUUGGAGGAUCACUAGAUUACACAGGAGCUCCAUAUUUCUCUUCCAUGGCUUCGGCACGACUAGGCUGCGAUAUGAGUCAUGUUAUUUGUGAACGAUCUGCAGCUACUGUUAUCAAGUCUUAUUCCCCGAACCUAAUGGUUCAUCCUUUACUACCAAGUAGCGAGUCUGUAAAGGACCCCAGUUCGAUUGAUGCGCUUAAGCUUGCUAGCCCCAUCGUGGCAAUGCUAUCUCGCCUCCAUGCCCUAGUAGUGGGACCGGGAUUGGGCCGUGACGGGGUUACGCUGAAAGUGGUCACAGAGGUCUUGAAGGAGGCGCGGUCCCGCUCAAUACCGUUUGUCUUAGAUGCCGACGGACUGCUGCUUGUCACAGAGCAACCGGAUCUUGUUAAAGGAUACAAGGAAUGCAUAUUGACGCCUAACGUUAACGAGUUCAGCCGGUUGGCCAAGGCGUUGAAUAUCGAGGUUCCCAGCAUGGCGCAGAUCGAGUCAGAUAGCGGUGACAAGACCAGCGAGAAACCGAAGCCUGGACCGCACGAUGUGAUCUCAAACGGUGUAACGAGCAUCAUCAACGAUGUCGUCGGAGGAUUGAAGCGCAGUGGAGGCCAGGGAGACACGCUCACUGGAUCGUUGGGCACGCUCCUGGCCUGGCGAGCGGCUUAUCAUAACGGACUUUGGGAUUCCGGUGAAGAAGAUAACCAAAAGGAGGCGCAAAGUAAGCAGGACAUUCAGGCGGAGCUUGAGUCAUCGGACAAGAGAAUGUCCCCUGCCACAACCUUGCUGCUUGCAGCCUGGGCAGGCAGUGGGAUUACAAGAGAGUGCUCUCGCCGCGCUUUUGAGGCGAAGGGCAGGAGCAUGCAGGCCAGUGACCUCACUGAUGAGGUUCAUGAGAGUUUUCUGGAGUUGAUCGGUGAGCCGGAACAAUCGAAGAUGCAUCUGUAG